UGUCUCUCUUCUUAUCGUUUCCCAUCCUUCCCUAGUUCCCUGGUACCACCACACCACAUAACACAGCAUUUUUUUCAUUUUUUUUUUCUGCUGAAGCUAUUUUGAUUUUUUUAUAUAUAUAUAUAUAUAGAUCGUGAAAACGGUGAAGUAAUUUCUUGAGGCAAACAAAAAAUGGGUCAGAUCCAGUACUCCGAGAAGUAUUUAGAUGAUACUUUUGAGUACAGGCAUGUGGUGCUUCCUCCUGAAGUCGCCAAACUUCUCAUUAAGAAUCGCCUUCUCUCUGAAAAUGAGUGGCGAGCGAUUGGAGUUCAGCAGAGCCGAGGGUGGGUCCAUUAUGCGAUUCAUCGCCCGGAGCCACACAUCAUGCUGUUCAGGAGGCCUUUGAAUUAUCAGCAGCAGCAGGAUCAAGCUCUUGUCAAGUGAUAAGUUUUUUAUUAUCUUAUUAUAAUGACUGAAAUGCUGAAAAGGAAGGAAAUGCUUUGGUUUAUGCCCUGCAUAAACGGUUAUGGAUUUUUAGUAUUGUGUUGUAAUUCUCUACUGUGGAGAAUUUCGUGUUAGGGCUGUUUGUUUCUUUCAUGUGUUGUUUGAUGACAUUAUCAGCGUUGGUUAAUUAGACGUUGAUGAAAAACUAAUGCUCAGUUGUUGCCGAUAUUCUUCGUUGUUUUUGUGGUCGCUACACCAAGGUUCUUAGGCUUUGUUUGUUUGUGCGGUGCAACGCACAAACAAACAUGCACUUAGUUUAGAUAUUUGUUUUUGUUUGUGUGUGGAUAUUUCUUAUGAAAUGUGAUGUGUGUUUAAACUGUUGUUUUUUUACAA